CCACAUUCUUCCUUCCUCUGGCCUUCCUUCAUCUCUUUCCCUUCCUCCGUCGCCGGCGUUACCCCUUCUCUCUCUCUUCUGUGGUUCCGGCGGCGGCAAGGCCGACCUGCUCCCCCGCCGCCUCUCCUCCUCCUCCUCCUCGCGCGCGCGCCGCCGGCGAACGGCCGCCGUAUACUUACCCGCGGUGCGGACGGGCUCCUCUUAUCUCCUCCCCCGACCGCAUCCUACCCCCUCUCUCUCCCUUGUGAGCCCUCCUCGGCGCGCACGGCCCCCGCCGCCGGCGAGCAGGCUCGGAACCAGGGGGGGUGGGGGACUCGACGCGACGAGCCCUCGUUCCAUCGGCCUCUGUCUCGGUUGAGUCGAAUUGAAGUAUAAUGGCAUACCAUGGACAGCUGGAUGGACGCCAAGCUUCAGGUUUGAUGCGUGAUGGCGCCUUCCCUGCAGCCAGCCUUUCUGGCCGCCAACCUUUGGAUCGCGCUGCCACCGCUCUGGAGAUCUUGGAAAAGAAACUUGCUGAGCAGACCGCCGAGGCAGAAAAGCUUAUCAGAGAGAAUCAGCGAUUGGCAUCUAGCCAUGUCGUCUUGAGGCAGGAUAUUGUUGAUACUGAGAAAGAAAUGCAAAUGAUCCGUGCUCACCUAGGUGAUGUUCAGACAGAGACUGAUAUGCAUAUGAGAGAUUUGAUGGAGAGAAUGAGAUUGAUGGAAGCAGAUAUACAAGCUGGUGAUGCAGUGAAGAAGGAACUUCAUCAAGUGCAUAUGGAGGCAAAGAGACUUAUUGCUGAGAGGCAGAUGCUCACUGUUGAGAUGGAUAAAGUAACUAAAGAGCUACAUAAGUUCUCUGGUGACAGUAAGAAACUUCCUGAAUUACUGACUGAGCUAGAUGGGCUCCGAAAAGAGCAUCAGAGUCUAAGAUCUGCUUUUGAAUAUGAGAAAAACACAAACAUCAAGCAAGUUGAGCAGAUGCGGACGAUGGAGAUGAAUUUAAUGACUAUGACCAAAGAGGCUGACAAGUUGCGUGCUGAUGUGGCAAAUGCUGAAAAACGAGCUCAAGUGGCAGCGGCUCAAGCAGUAGCAGCACAGGCGGGGGUGGCACAUGUGACUGCUUCACAACCAGGGGCAGCACAAGCUGUGGCAGUGCCAGCUGCCUCAAACCCAUAUUCAAGUGCAUUUACCGGUCAUCCCUCUGCAUAUCACCAAGGAGCCACCCAAGCUGGGGUUUAUCAGCAAGGGACCACCCAAGCUGGGGCAUAUCAGCAAGGAUCUACCCAAGCUGGGGCAUAUGCUUACCCAACUUAUGAUGCCGCUACUGCUUACCAGAUGCAUGCUGCGCAAGCAAAUGCAUACGCGGGCUAUCCUGGUUAUCCAGUUGCAGGGUACACACAGGCCGCUUUGCCCGGUUAUCCUAGUGCGUAUGCUGCACCGCAGCAACCAAUAAGCAGUGGUGUAGCUACAGAUGUUGCAAGCAUGUAUGGCGCGAUCAGUAGUGCUGGAUAUCCUGCUGGAGUUGUUCAGUCAAGCAGUGGAGCUGCCAAUGCAGGACAAGCACCAGCUACUUAUCCUGUCGCAUACGACCCAACCAGAGCAGGCCAGAGGUGAAAUCGUAGUUUCAGUCUCAGACCCAAAUCACUAUUUGCUAAACCCAUUUUGUGGUGUAGCUGUAGUAAGAUCCUUGGAGAGGCCAACAACAGCAUGGCUCUAGUUCGUUUUUCUUGUAGAUUCCUUCCCUAUACAUUUUAGCGGUCAAUGAAAAUUAGUUGUAUAUCGAAUUGCUGCUCUUGGUUCGAUACUUGAAUUUAAUUAGUUGUAUACCGAAUAGAUCACGGUCAACUUGAAUCUCUGUAAUUCCCGGUUAAGAACGACACCCGGCAAUUUUCUGAAUGCUUUA